ACGUUUCAGCGACUCUCAAAAUAUCGACGCCUAUCGUCUUCAACGCAUUCCGUUACACUCUUAUCACAGCAGACAUCAAUGGCGUUAGCCACCAAACCCCUCUCCUCUCUCUCUUCCCUCUCCUCAUUCUCCACCCCUCACCCCUUCCACAAACACAACUCAUACCUCGUUCUCCCCAAAUAUCACUCCCGCGCACUAUCCCCUUCCGUCACUUGCAAAUCCACCCCAACCGACGCCGCCGACUACCCGCUGUCAGAACUCGACGGCGCCGGAGCCGCCGCCCCAACCAGAGGCGACGUCUUCCUCCAAACCCAUCACUCCUCAGCCGCUUCCUCCGCCGUUCUCGCAGAAAUAAAGAAGAAGAAGAAGAAGAAGGAGAAGAACUUAGAGAAGGCUGCGAAAUCCUCUUCCUUGAAUAGUCCUAGCUGUUAUGGCUGCGGCGCCCCGUUGCAGAAAUCCGAACCCGAUGCUCCGGGUUAUGUCGAGCCCGACACGUAUAGUCUGAAGAAGAAACAUAGACAGCUACAAACAGUGAUAUGCGGGAGGUGCCGGCUUUUGUCGCACGGGCAUAUGAUCACCGCAGUUGGUGGCAAUGGAGGGUAUUCCGGUGGAAAACAGUUUGUCACUGCGGAGGAGCUUCGGGAGAAGCUCUCGCAUUUGCGCCAUGAGAAAACGCUCGUUGUGAAAUUGGUUGAUAUAGUGGACUUCAACGGCAGCUUCUUGGCUCGUGUGCGUGAUCAUGUUGGUGCGAAUCCAAUAAUACUUGUCGUGACAAAGGUUGAUCUUCUUCCAAAGGGAACUGAUUUUAAUUGUGUUGGUGAUUGGGUUGUGGAGGCAACAAUGAAGAAGAAAUUGAACGUACUGAGUGUACACUUGACAAGUUCGAAGUCUUUGGUGGGUGUUGCCGGAGUGAUCUCGGAAAUUCAGAAAGAGAAGAAGGGAAGGGAUGUCUACAUAUUGGGCUCAGCUAAUGUCGGAAAGUCGGCUUUCAUAAAUGCGUUACUAAAACUGUUAUCUUAUAAGGAUCCAGUUGCUGCUGCUGCGAGAAGAUAUAAACCAAUUCAAUCUGCUGUUCCUGGAACUACUUUGGGUCCAAUCCGAAUUGAAGCCUUCCUAAAUGGAGGGAACUUAUAUGAUACACCUGGAGUUCAUCUUCACCAUAGGCUAGCUGCUGUGAUCCAUUCAGAGGAUCUUCCUGUUCUUGCACCCCAAAGUCGACUGCGGGGUCAAACGUUUCCAAACACUUCUCUGAUAUUCGAUGACCCAUUGAUGGACCAAAUCAAAUCUAGCGGAUUGGUUGGUUUCUCAAUCUUUUGGGGAGGUCUUGUCCGGAUAGACAUCAUUAAGGCUCUCCCAGAAACCCAUUUGACAUUUUAUGGACCUAAGGCGCUUCAACUUCAUGUUGUACCUACUGAAAAAGCUGAUGAAUUUUACCAGAAAGAAGUCGGGGUCCUCUUGACUCCUCCAACUGAAAAACAGAAGGCAGACAGCUGGAUGGGUCUUGAAGUGAAACGCGAGUUGCAGUUAAAAUACCAUGAUGUCGAGAGGCCCGCCUGUGAUGUAGCUAUAUCAGGUCUCGGAUGGAUAUCCGUUGAACCAUCAUCCGUGUCAGAUGGAGUGGAAGCUGGUGGUGAGAUAGCUUUAGCAGUCCAUGUUCCUAAGCCUGUGGAGGUUUUUGUGCGGCCUCCUUUACCAGUUGGUGCUGCUGGAGGGAAAUGGUAUGAGUAUAGAGAGUUGACAGAAAUGGAACAGGAAGUAAGACCAAAAUGGUACUUCUGAAUCGCCUGUAAAUUGGAUAUACGUAUUGAUUGACAAGAUGGUAAAAGGCUUUGAAAACGAUGCACGAUGAGUGCAGAGGAAACAAGAAACUGCAUAUAUCUGCAGAUUUUUGCCCAAGCUCUGCGUUUCAUGUCCAAGAAGUGAACGUAUCAUGAUGUUCGAUGAGAAGAGGAUCCUAGGAAUUCUCUUAAUUUUGUAGAAUUGUGAAGCUAAUUUUUAGAUACUAGCAGAAA